AUGAAUAAUUUUGGAAUAGAUGAAAAAUUUAAAGUUACAUCAUCGAAUUCUAUAACAUUAAAUGUUCCACAACCGAAUACAUUGAAUGAUUUCACUGAAAAUAAUCAAUAUAAACAAAUUAAUCCAACUAUUCGUAAUGUACACAGUUCAAAAUCUGUCCCAGAAAUUAAAUUAUAUAAACAAAGAAUAUUUUCACAAAAGUCAAUAAAAUCUGAAAAAUCAUGUCUACAAUUGCCGAAGGCUUGCCUCACUAUGCAUGGAAAACUAGAGUUAACAUCAUUCAAUAAUCAAUCUACACUUAUGAACGAAAUACAUAAUCAGAAUCGAUACCCCGAUGCAUUUAUGAGUUCCUUUGGUAUUCGGAAAUCUAAUCCCCGUAGGAAAAAUAUUUAUCAUGAACGUUACUCUGCCAACAUACAUUGGAGAUAUCCACCUACAUCUUAUCGACAAUCAGGGAUUACUUCGUCAAAAUCAAAGAACAACUUGGAACCUAAUAAUUAUUUAUUAAAACAUUUUCCAUCAACAAAUGUCACUAUCAUUGAUCUUGCCAAGAGUGCUCAAUGUUUAAUUAUCAAUUCGUUGAAAUCCUCUUAUACUCAAACAAUCAAAUGA